AUGAACUUUGAUCACGGCCAGGCUUUGUUCGUGGAGGAGAGUGGUGUCAGUGUCACUGCCGCCCACUGUCGGUUCGGGAUAUUUUCAUUGGUGAAGAUCCACCCGUUUACUCGAAAUUUCAUUAGCGGUAUUUAUCCAACUCGCCACUGGUGUGUGACCUGGUUAGCCCUGGUUAGCUCUGCAAUUGGCGUGGAAGCGUGUGGAACAAGUGCGUUGCAACAUUUACCGUACCAAAAUUAG